AUGCGUUCCUUCAAGUCCAAAGUGCUGGCAGCGUGCGCGUGGGCGGCACCUGCAUUCUCCGCCGUCAUACCUCAACACGAACGUCAAGUUACUCGCCCGGACGGAAACCUCUUGCAGCUAGACCUUCAACAAAACUACGCGCAAGCUACCUUCAGUGUCCCCUGCACUGGAUGUCUUGGCCACGAUCACACGGGCCAGGAUGACGAGUCUUUGAUCUUAAGCUUCGCAAGUCAUGCCCAGGAUCAAGCUUGUGGUUCUUCCAACAUCACCCUAAACGGAGUUUAUCUUCCCCAAGAGUGGAACGGUGACUUCGCAUCUGGCUCCGGAUCCUACCAAGGCCUCACCGAUCUCACACAGAAUGAAUGGUUUCUGCAGCGCGAUUUGGAUCUCGAAUGGGAGACGGCUUGUCUUCACGCCACUGAGGAAACGGAAGCUGCCCAGGUAGUGACGGUCAACAUCAAGGCCAUCGACGGCAAGGCCAUCGACAGACCUUCCGGUUUUACAAUCUCCUUCAAGCAGCAAACAUCACCCCCUUCCCUACUCAGACUUGAGGCUAUUCCCAACCCCUCAGCGAGCAACAAGGACGUAGCUGAAUCCUGGCGUGAACCCCCUCAAUCUCUGCGUCUCGCCCUGUCCACCACCAACCAGACAUCCAAAGGAGAGGACAAGGCCCAGUCACUUGAAGACAAAAUCCGCGAGUUGAAAGCCCUUGAGAUAGAACUUGAGGCAAUUCAGUCUCUCAUCGCCGAAAAGAAGAAGCAGAUUCAUUCCCACUUUCGGCAAGAAGCGCAGGAAUUGUCGCACGAGUUGAGUGAAUGUGACGGCAUCUCGUGCAUCGUCAAGACUAUUGCCCACAAAGCUCACGGCGCUUGGAAAAUUGUGUCUUUUCACUUCAAGCCCGGCCACCAAUCGAAAGACAUGGGUAGUUCUGAGGAAAUGUUUGCGCAAGCACAUGGUCAUGCUGCACAGGUAGCACAGAUGUCUGGAGACCACCUGAAGGUUGGAUCGCCAACGCCCCACGUAUACGAGGCGAAAGCGAAUGAACUUCCACCCCGGCCAUCCAAGACAUCUCCCUACCUUCUCGCCCUUGAGAUCACUCUGGGUGUUCUGUGCUGUGGCUGCCUCGUCGCCGUAAUCCGGCACAAGUGUAGCAGCCUGAGAACAAGGACUGAGCGCGCCGCCGCUCGAGAAGAACGCCUCAACGCUCGCGCUUAUCGCCGCGCAGCGCGACAACACGCAUGGCGCAGCUGGUGGCGCGGCAACUGGGCUCGACGAGACAACCAGCGUAUCGCGGACUACGAGGAGAAACGCGCGCUGAUCUCAGAACAGGAGAGUGUGCUGGAGGACGCGAUGCAGGAAGAAAUUAGGCAGUUGAGGGCCGCACAUGACGUGGUGAAUGAUCUCGUAAGAGAUGCUGAAGAAGGACGGGCCAUCAAUCGCACACCCUGCGAUUGUCAACGCCAACAGUCGCGGGCACCAUACUCGCCCCUCUCCACAGCAUCAACCUACCCACCUACCUCGUUACCCGAGAUUCCCUCUAGGCCACUUUCCCGAACAGAGAGCCUACCAAGCUAUCGCUCAGGCACGCCCACAGAGCCCCCGAGUUAUGAUUCGGAUCUCGAGGCGUCAGACGUCGUAGCCAACGGCUUCAGGCACUACGCGACUGCGUCUACCACGUCCGAACGAAGCUCGCAUUGGACACCCGACAGUAGUGUCGUCGAUGUAAGCCCCAGGCCGAGCGCGGAAACGCUCAGGUACCCAGUGAGCAUAUUGACCCUUGACGAAGAGUCGGACGCUGAUUGA